AGGGUGUGGAGUUAAGUCUGGGCGUUCGUUGUGUAAAUGUAAUGUUGCGAGUUAGGAGUUAGCCUCAAGAUCGAGCCCUAAAGGGUCAACCCACUUGAACCUUUCAAUGCGCAUGCAGUACUCAUAGUAAUUUUUAUUCCUAAGGAUGCUUAUCAAAUAGUUAAUGGUUCAAGGCUUGCCCUGACUCACCAACAACUGUGUAACUGUGCGUUGAGCUGGUGAUGGUGGUGUAUUCCAGACGCAGGAGCAGUGCCCCAUGUCGUGACGGCCCGGCGUCGGCGAUCCUCGCGCGGCGGAGACAGAGAGGCGUGGGGGCGCUUGCGCGGGGCAUGUGAGCGCGCGGGCGCAGCCGCGGCAUGCCGGGCGGGCGCCGGGGGCUCGUGGCCCCGCAGAACACGUUCCUGGAGAACAUCAUCCGCCGCUCCUCCAGCCAGCCAGACAGUAGCUUCCUGCUGGCGAACGCGCAGAUCGUGGACUACCCCAUCGUGUACUGCAACGAGACCUUCUGCAAGAUGAGCGGCUACAAUCGCGCUGAGGUGAUGCAGAAAUCGUGCCGCUGCGCGUGGAUGUACGGCGAGCUGACGGAGAAGGAGGCGGUGGAGCGCGUGGACCGCGCGCUGGACCACCACCUGGCGGACCAGUUCGAGAUACUGCUCUACAAGAAGAACCGGACCCCACUAUGGCUGCUGGUGCACGUGGCGCCCAUCCGCAACGAGCGCGAGCUGGUGGUGCUGUUCCUGCUCACCUUCCGGGACAUCACCGCGCUCAAGCAGCCCAUCGACCAGGACGACCCCAAGGGAGCGGGGCUGUCAAAGUUCGCGAAGCUGGCGCGGUCCGUGACGCGCUCGCGCUCCGUGCUGGUGUCCGCGCUGCCGGCGCUCAAGGAGCCGCAGCGGCAGAGCCACCUCGCGCAUGUGAUGUCGCUGUCGGGCGACGUGCUGCCGCAGUACCGGCAGGAGGCGCCCAAGACCCCCCCGCACAUCCUGCUGCACUACUGCGCCUUCAAGGCCAUCUGGGACUGGAUCAUCCUCUGCCUCACCUUCUACACCGCCAUCAUGGUCCCCUACAACGUGGCCUUCAAGAACAAAACCUCCGAAGAUGUCUCCCUGCUCGUCAUCGACUCCAUCGUCGAUGUCGUCUUCUUCAUCGACAUCGUGCUCAACUUCCACACCACCUUCGUCGGCGCCGGCGGGGAGGUGGUCAGCGACCCCAAGGUCAUCCGCAAGAACUACUUCAAGUCGUGGUUCCUCAUCGACCUGCUGUCGUGCCUGCCGUACGAUGUGUUCAACGCGUUCGACCACGACGAGGACGGCAUCGGCAGCCUAUUCUCGGCGCUGAAGGUGGUGCGGCUGCUGCGGCUCGGGCGCGUGGUGCGCAAGCUGGACCGCUACCUGGAGUACGGCGCGGCCAUGCUGAUCCUGUUGCUGUGUUUCUACAUGCUGGUGGCGCACUGGCUGGCGUGCGUGUGGUACAGCAUCGGGCGCUCGGAUGCCGACUCGGGCCUGCAGUACUCGUGGCUGUGGAAGCUGGCCAACGUGACGCAAACGCCGUACUCCUACGUGUGGUCCAACGAGUCGGACGGGCCCGAGCUGGUGAACGGGCCCUCGCGCAAGACCAUGUACGUGACGGCGCUCUACUUCACCAUGACCUGCAUGACCUCCGUGGGCUUCGGCAACGUCGCCGCCGAGACCGAUAACGAGAAGAUCUUCACCAUCUGCAUGAUGAUUGUAGCAGCGCUGCUGUACGCGACCAUCUUCGGGCACGUCACCACCAUCAUCCAGCAGAUGACGUCGGCGACGGCCAAGUACCACGACAUGCUCAACAACGUGCGGGAGUUCAUGAAGCUGCACGAGGUGCCGAAGGCGCUCAGCGAGCGCGUCAUGGACUACGUGGUCUCCACUUGGGCUAUGACGAAAGGACUGGACACCGAUAAGGUGUUGAACUACUGCCCGAAGGACAUGAAGGCGGACAUCUGCGUGCACCUGAACCGCAAGGUGUUCAACGAGCACCCGGCGUUCCGGCUGGCGAGCGACGGCUGCCUGCGCGCGCUGGCCAUGCACUUCCACAUGUCGCACUCGGCGCCCGGCGACCUGCUCUACCACACCGGCGAGUCCAUCGACUCGCUCUGCUUCAUCGUCACCGGCAGCCUCGAAGUCAUACAGGAUGAUGAGGUCGUGGCUAUCCUAGGCAAGGGCGACGUAUUCGGCGAUUCCUUCUGGAAGGACAGUGCCGUGGGCCAGUCGGCGGCCAACGUGCGCGCGCUCACCUACUGCGACCUGCACACCAUCAAGCGCGACCGCCUGCUGGAGGUGCUCGACUUCUACCAGGCCUUCGCGAACAGCUUCGCAAGGAACUUGACGCUCACCUAUAAUUUGCGGCAUCGCCUCAUAUUUCGCAAGGUAGCGGACGUCCGUCGCGAGCGUGAGCUGAUGGAGCGACGUAAGCGGGAGCCACAGCUCGAGCAAGCGCAAGACCACCUCGUGCGCAAGAUAUUCUCGCGAUUCCGCCGCGAGCGGAGCGUCGCCGCCGCCCCCGCGCCGCGGCCGUCGCUCGCGCCGGCGCCGUCCGCCGACGCCGAGCGCGGCGAGCCGGCGCCCGCGCCCUCCGCGCCCGCGCCCGCCGCGGCCGCCGCUCGAGGCAAGUGGGGCCGCCUGCUCGCGGGCGGCUCUCUGGACGCGGGCGACGCGCCGCGCGCCGCAUUCACGCGUAGCCUUAGCGCGCGCGACCGACCGUCGCUCGCCGCGGCCGCCGCCGCCGCCGCCUCCGCUCCGACCCCGGCGACGACGACCGUCGCCGCUACGACUGCUCCCGUUACUACCCUAUCCUUUAAAGCGACGUUUGCAAAGGCGCGAUCGGCGAGCGCGCUCAGUGCCUUAGGCGGCAGCGGUGGCAGCGGGAGGCAGGACACGAUCGAGGAGGAGCUGGAAGAGCGCAAGCCCGCUCCGACUCCGGCUGCCGCGCCCGCGCCCGCGCCCGUGCCGGCGCUCGCGGCGGCGGCGGCGUCGGCGCACGAGGCGGCGUUGGCGGAGCUGCGGCGCGAUGUGCGGACUGAGGUGCAACGGUUACAGCAAAAGUUGGGUCGUGUAGAGGAGCUGCUAACGGCGUUAGCGACGCGGUUGGGCGCCGACACCGGCGACGGUGAGGAACCGCGCGCGCCCGCUGACACCGCCGCGAGGAAACGGAGGUCAAAGGCGCGAAGCAAGGGCGCAGCGCCCGCCGUCCCGACGCCGACGACGCCCGGGUCGGCGCCGGGCAGCCCGCCGGGCGGGGGCUCGGCGUUGGCGUCGGCGUCGGCGUCAGCGUCGGCGUCGGCGUCAGCGUCGGCGUCGGCCGCCGCGCGCCGACGCGACUUCGUGUAGCGCGCCGCGGCGCCCGGCCCCCUCGCACGCCGGGCGCCCCGGGACCCCGAAACUCCUAUGUAAACUAUCUCGUGAUAUGACUGUUAGUGCGUCGCGCGCCAAUAAUAUAUCAGACGUAUCGGAACAGAUAUAUUAAUUAUAUGCUUUUCACAUUGCCCGAUAUCGAUACGGCUAAAAUAUCCUUUGUAUGUUGUUUGAGGCACGUGGCGGUUUAGCACAAAUUGAGGUCUCGGCGCGUCUAAAUAUAUCUCCGAUGUCGCGCUAGAUUGUAUGAACUCGCGUGCGAAAACGCAAGCCGCAUGAUCUUGGAUAGGUAGGAAUAGUUGGACGUCCCAAUCUGUUGCCAUUGAGUUGUUACCGGUUCACUUUGGUAAACUGAUGUAUUUAGAUGAAUCCAAUAGAUACUACACUGUAUCUGUAAUGUAUCUACUGAGAUAAUACAGUGUGGGUGUUGGAUUCACAGGGUAUUUUGGUGGUAACUAUUUUACCCACUGGGAUUUCUUUCUCCCGUUCCCAGUAGUAAAAUAACCUAAUAUUGAGUACUGGUACUGGUAGUGGUAACAUCUUGCUAGCAACAGUUGGAAUUAGCCUAUAGAUAUAGUUGGUCCUAGUGAGUUGCUUUUAAACACUUAUUUUAAAGUUAGUCCGAUAACAUCGGAAGUUUGUAGAAUUUUAUCAUUAGAUGGCAGCUACGAAUUCGAUAAGAAGAUAAGUAUGGUGUUGGAUAAUGUGAAAAGCCUUAAAGUUAGGAAUUGUCCGCCCGCCGCUUGCCGUCGGGCGGCUUUGGGCCUGAAUCUCGGAAUCGAAUGUCGAAGUUACUGUACUUACCUCUAUGACUAAAAAUGUGUCCAUCAAUUCACAUACUAUAGAAAAAAAUUGCAUAGAAUAGCUGAAAUUUUAAGAAAAAUGCUUUCGGUAAAAAUCCGACCUCGGGCUCCUCUACGUGCAUCCGGUGAUGCAAAAGCAAAGCCAAAGACUUUUAAAUAAUUUGAACAGGCUUUAUAUAUAGACAUGUAAGGAAUUGAGCAAUAACAACUAAAAUAUCAUAGAUUAGUAUUUUAUAAAUACCUAUCCUGUUAAUAAUGUUAAUAUAUAUGUCGCUUUCAAGUCAGUGAAACCCUUAUACUUAAGAUGGAGAGAAAUGAAAGUAUAGUAUCUUGGGCGUUCGAUGUAUCGCGGUCUCGCUCCUGCAUAGUGCGGCGCACUGCGCCCGCCGCUUGCCGCCUUAGUCGCCGGCUGAUAUUAUAGACUAGGAUAUUGUUGACAUUCUAAGAGUUUGUAUAAAGUUAUUAUAAGUGACGACUAUUAUUAGACACACGUUUUAAAGCUCCCCACGUUUGUUUCCACCUUCUCUUUAUCUAUAGUACACGACCGACCAAGACUUUUGUAUUAUGACGGCAUCAUCUGUUCUAUACGAGGCUACAUUUUAUACACGCUUGGAGAAUAUUUUAUUGUUACACUAUGAAUGAAAGAAUUACCUAUGUAGAGAUGUUUAUAUGUUCGCCGCUCCGACUUCGGUCACUCUUGCUGAUGACACCUAUUAUUUAUUUUCUUAAGUGGCAUUUCACUAAAGAAUAUUUUUGAAGUAAUUUUUUAAAGUUUAUUAACAACUCUAUUUAUAUUUGUAAUGGUUAAUCCCUUGUAAAACUAGUGUUGCUACUUAUUUGUAUAAUUUACCUUUUCUCAAACAUGGUAUGAAAUAAAUAAAGUCUACUGAAAAUAGUAACUAUGGAUGGCUGAGAAUGGGGUUGCCGGCCGAAGACAUAUAGACGGAUAGGUCUGAGGCCUUUGUCCCGGCCUCUGUAGUAAUGUACUAUUUUUUAAUAGGGAAAACUACCGGUGAGGUGGUAGGUAGGUACAGCUACAGAUGUAGUGCGAAAUUGGCCUUCAUAUUGUCACGGAAACGUACGAAAGUAUCAUACUAUUUCAGUCAGUCUCAGUACAUUGUUACAACAGGCGUCACUAUCGAUGAACUUUCAUUGGUGUGGAAUUUUGAAACGAUUCGAUUUAGAUUCAUACUAAGCUAAAGUAGCUAACAAACGACCGCACCGCACCGCGACGUUGGAUUUUUUCACCUAAUUGAAAACGAGAAUAACUCUUUUUCGCUCUCACUUACUACAUCAAAAAAUCCACGGUCGCGGUGCGGUGCGGUCCUAUGUUAGCACUUUAACUUGGGAAUUUCUGACAGUCCAGCCAGUUACUAGUUCUAAGGCACGCCACAGACGGUUUAAGAUUGUCUGUGGCGUACCUAAGAAUUUAUGAACUAUACUUAAUAUAAUGAAUAAUAAGUCGAUGCAGCAAGAGUUGGCGCGAAGCCCGGCGCGGUGUUAGUGGUCUUGUUAAUGUUUGUAAAGUUUAUCGCUACGCGCGAACCGCUGCGGCCCCCUGCCCGGUCCGGUGACAGGUAAAACGUGUUACGGUUUGGCUACACUCUGUGUAAACGUGCCCUUAAGUAAGGUUGCCAGAUGGUUGGAUCGGUUUUCCCCUUACUAUGUACUUAUGUAGGUAUACCUACUGAAAAUUUGAUAGGCACCUAGAAGCCAAGUUCAAAAUCUUCCGAAAGAAAGUCAAGAAGAAAGAAGAGAUAGAUAUACUAAACCAACUUUAAGUCAAUUAUUUUUGUGAGAUGUUGAAGACGAGACGGGUUAAAACCGGAACCGUCCGGCGCCGGAGCAGGUCGCGCGGCACUCGCAGCGUGCGCUCCCCUACCAGAGACGACUAAAUAAUAGAAACUACCAAUUUUCAAGUUAAAAUAAACUUUAAUAGCUUCACACAGAAACGUGGCAAGCUACGACGAAUAAGUAUGAACUAUACCGACACUGAUUCUACGGAUACUGACAGAUAUAAUCCUGCCGUAACAUUACAAGAUAAAUACCUAUUCACAGAACUAAUAUCUUGAUUUAGUUCUGUGUAAGUACCUAUUGCACAUAGUUCUGCCUUUCUAAGGCCUGAUUUAGACGGUGUAGGAACUCGCAUGCGAUUUUAGUUACAUUGCGGGCUGUUGAGGGUAUAUACUUUUGAACAGCCAUCAAAUACCGCAAUGUAAUAAAUAAAACUCGUAUGCGAGUUCUCGUACCGUCUAAAUGGACCCUAACUCUUUUAGGCUGUCAACUAUCAGAACAGUAGAACAUAAACUUCAAUUGUGCCUAAACCUUGGCUAUAUCUACUUUUUUAAUGGCCAGAUGAUUUCUAUACAUUUGAAUUUGUAAUUAUGUAGACAUAAAAUCUAGGGAGGUGUUUAAAUUUUACGUUGUAUACAAAUAGGUAGUGUUUUAAACGCAUACAUCGUUCCAAAGAUGUCAAAGUAAUAAAACGCAAAACCAAAUGAUUACAACUUCCUUAAAGUUAGACCAAGCUAACUUGGCAAGGAUUUUUAAAGCCCCGCCUGUGCAAGGGUUAAGCAAAUGUUCAUCAGCAUAAUAUCAUCGAAGAUUAAAAUGAGGCUGCCAAAAUCGCUGCCAGCGUAAUGACUACCUAGCUUUUCGAUUAAAUAUAUCUACGCUUGAAUAAGAUUAUCAGUCUAUAUUAUCUAGUCGUCUGUGUCUCUGUCAUGCAUGACGUCACGUUCGGCAGACGAACCACUAUGUUUCUCGCCUCGCUAAGCCACUGCUACUUAUGAUCUUUUUUAUUAAAAUAUAUCAAAGAGAUGAGAAACUAAAAA